AUGGUCCGAGUUCAGCCCCUUCGAAGCACACUGCCUGAGAGACACAAGUACAGACUUCAUCAGGAGGUACUCACUGAAGUGAAAAAUCAUGACUCGAUGCUGGCAACUCUUGCGUAUCUUCAUGGCUCACGUGCAGCUCAAGCUGCAGGAGGCAUUCCCGGAGGAGCAGCUUCCAGCGACCUCGCUCUACUCAAAGCUCUGGGCCAGGAGCUGAGGGGCACAGGCGAGAGCAGCCCGCAGAACGUCUGCGGCGGCCGCACCGGCGCUGCGAGGACCUGGGCGCCACGGGGCCCGGCGGCCGCCUCCCGGAGCCCCGCGCGGGGCCUGCGGCGCUGCCAGGACGGCCCCGGCCGGGAGAGCGCCGGCCGCGACGGCUCCACCGCGGCGCUGCGGGCUCGGCGCCGCCGCCCGGGCUCAGACAAAAGGCGGAGGCGCCGCCGAGCCCCCCGAGGCGCGAGGGCACCGGGCACGGCCCCGCGCCCCCUCCCCGCCGCCCCCGGCCGUGACACAGCGGCCAACGGGCGCACCGGGCCCGCGAGGGGGCGGCCGGCGGGGGUCCCCCGGGGGCUGGGGCGGGGACAGAGCGGCGGCGGGCGGCCUGGCGGCCCAACGGGCCUCCCCGGCGGCGGACGGGGGAGGGGGGGCCGGGCCGCGCGGCGGGCGGCGGGGCCGCGGUCCCCCGGUGCCGGCGGGUGCCCCCGCUGCCCGCUGCCCCCGCUCGCUGCCCCGCGGCGCCUCCCCGCGCGGCGCGGAGGGCGCGGCCCGGCCCGGCGUGGCUGCUCAUGGGCCCAAGGCGGAGAUGGCGGUGGUUAG